AUGAGACAAACUCAGAUCAAGCUGGCGCGCACUCUUCGUUUUUGGUUGUUUUUGAGUUCACACAAGUCUGAGAUGAAGGGGUUUGCCAUCGUCGCCGUCGCAGUCGUGGUGCUCGCCGUCGCACUGCAGACCGUGGUGCUGCGGCCAUCGCUGGGCCAGCAGGCAAGGAACGCGCUCCAGACGCUCAAGGAGCCCCCGCCAGAGCUCGCUGCGCCGGGCUGGGCGCUUCAAAUUGCCGAGGCUGGACUGGCAGUGCUCGACCAGCUCGGGGUUGCCGUCAAGCCAGCGCCGCUGCGUGCGUUCGAGGCGCUCUUUGGCUUUGGCCUCACACAGGGCUUGGCUGCCCUGGCGCGGAUGGAGGUGUUUGACGGGCUGGCCGAAGCCGCCGAGAACGGCACCACUUGUGAGGAAUUGGUUGUGUUUAUGCGCAAGCGUGAUCGCGACCGCCGGCCGAUUCCCAUCCGACGCCUGCCAGUCGAUCCUGAGCUCUUGUGCAGAUUGCUGGACUUUGCGGCGGCAAACCAGUUUGUCAACAAGGACCAAGACACGGGCAGAUUCUACUUGAAUGAGUUCUCAGUGCUCUUCACGCAAGGCGCUGACAAUCUGGCAUCCGUCGCUCCGAUGCUCUUCCACAAUGCUGACGAGAUCAAUCUUGGCUGGACGCGCCUGCACGAUGGCAUUCGCGACAAGCUUUCUGCAUUUGAGCUCGCGAAUGGCGACGACGUUUGGAGCUUUUACGACAAGAAUCCCGAAAAGUCGGCGAAUUUCAACCUUGCGAUGCGCAGCAUUUCUGCCAAUUUUGCGCCGGCGUUGCUGCUCGGGUAUGCAGACGACUUCAAGGAGUUUGUACGCCAGUACAAGCGGCCGCUGCACCUGUGUGAUGUUGGUGGAGGCAUUGGUUCGGUUGCUGCGGGUAUUCUUUCCGAUUUCCCGAACGCCACUGCGACCGUUAUCGAUAUGGCCCACAUGGAGACUCAAGCAAACGAAUACUUUGAGCAAGUUCAUCUGCAAGACCGCAUCAAGUUUGUGCCUGGAAACUUUUUCCAGCCCCUUGCUGUCGAGUGCGACUACUACCUGCUCAAACACAUCAUCCAUGAUUGGAAUGACACUUCGUCGCUGGACAUUUUGAAGGCCGUGCGGGCAAACAUGCCGUCACAUUCCAAGCUCCUGCUUGUGGAGACCGUGAUGGAAACGCGCAAUCCCUACUUUGAGCGUCUGAAGCGCUUCGUGGACAUGCAAAUGCUGGUCGUCUUCCGAGACGCCAAGGAACGCACUCAGCACGAGUUUAACGCCCUGCUCGAGUUUUCUCGGUUCCAGAUGAAGCGACGCAUUCCCUUGCGUGGACUGUUUGACAUUGUCGAGGCCAUCCCUGUGGAGACCAGUGGCAACCAACAAUCGUAG